CUCCCCGCUCCCCGCCCCCGCCGGCAUUGCGGAGCCGCAGACGUGACCCGAGCGGAGCCAGCCGCGGCCUUUCCCCGCUGCGCCAGCCUCUCGCCGCAGAAUCGCAUGUCAUCUAUCCAGAACCUCCAAUCCUUCGACCCCUUUGCUGAUGCUACAAAGGGUGACGACUUACUCCCGGCAGGGACUGAGGAUUACAUUCAUAUAAGGAUCCAACAGCGAAACGGAAGAAAGACUCUAACCACCGUUCAGGGAAUUGCAGAUGACUAUGACAAGAAGAAACUUGUGAAAGCCUUCAAAAAGAAAUUUGCUUGUAACGGUACUGUGAUUGAGCAUCCUGAGUACGGUGAAGUUAUCCAGCUUCAAGGUGACCAGAGGAAGAACAUCUGCCAGUUCCUCUUGGAGAUUGGCAUUGUCAAGGAAGAACAACUGAAGGUUCAUGGUUUCUAACCCACCCCUACUCCCAUGAAGAAUCCUUCAGUGUUUGGUCCUACCCAGCCUGGCUCUUCUGUGAAAAAUGUAUCUUUGCAGUGAAUGGACUUCCCUAUUAUCUCACCAUUCUGAAUUGGUUUCAGAUUUGCAUGACUGUGUGAAACAUGUGGUGUGUAGACUAGAAACACAUAAGAAAACUCCAGUAAGGUGGUAAUGAAGACGCUUGUGAACUUCAGCACAUUUCCAAUGGAAAUGUUUUAGUGAUGAUUGUUCAGUUGACUGUUUUUCACCUGACUUAACUGUGUGGGUUGUAUUAAAAUAGUGUGUGGUGUUGCUUAAAAAAUAAAAGUUGAUUCAUGUA